AUGUCUGAAGACUUCAAGAGAUAUCUGGCGACCGAGAUCAUCUCCGAGCAACGAACAAUCUCAUACCGCCAUGUCUCUCGCGCCUUGAAGGUGCAUGUCAAUGCCGCCAAAUGCAUGCUGUACGAUUUCUACGAGUUUCAGAAUGGGAAGAAGCCCGGUUCGAUCUACGCGACGUAUCUAGUAUGUGGAGUGAAGAAACGGCAGAUGAAGGUCAAUGGGACUGCCAAUGGAGACAAACACCCAUACGAUGAAGACGAGCCCAUUCCCUCGAGUCCCCCUCCUUUUACCAGUUCCAUGCUGGAGCCGAGCCAACCCGGUAGUCAAGCGACAGAGGAGGAGGAAGAUCAAGUGCCCGUACGCACCAUCACCCUUGUGAGAGAGGAAGAUUUGGAAGCGAUGAAAGAACAAUAUCAGAGCAUCACGUCCAUACACAUCUACAGUCUCUCUCCCGUACGGAUACAAGAUCUCGUCACAUUGACGGAUAUAAGCCGAGGCUUAUUCUCAGACUAUUUGGUCCGAGAAGAUCCCUUGUUGAUGAACAAAACGUAUGGUGUGAUUCAGAAUCCCCAGGUUCGAAGACGAAAGGGCAAGAGACCAGUCACCCGAGAAGGGCCGGCGCCAAAAUUCCAACCGGUCCAAGAUGAGCCAAAGACGUUUGGCGGUGCAAAGUCCUCUACCCAGACUAAACCGGCCCCUAGACCCUCAGCGCCUGCUUCCGCGGUCAAAAAAGAAGACUCCUCGCGACCCAGUUCCCGUGACAGCACGUCAACCACGGCUUCCAGCAGACAACCUAGCCUCAGGCGCGAUGCUGUCGACUUGUUCAAGGUAUUCGCCAAACAGGGCCAACACAAAUCGAGACCAGCGGCCUCCCAACCUGCUGCAAAUGACCAAGAUACCAAAAUGACAGACGCCGACGACGAUGACGAAGGCGAAUCCGAGGACGAAGCCCUCUUCCUCGACACCGGGACCAGAAAACCCGCCACGACAAAGAAACGGUCGAGCGAUGUAAAGAAAGAGCGGGAAGACAAAGCAGCCAAAUUGCGCAAGAUGAUGGAAUCCGACGAUGAAGAGGAACCUGCCGUUCCCGAUGUUGAGAAUGUGAGCGGCGUCCACGAAGAACCUCCGGCAGGACAGAAGGGUACCGACGUCGAAGACGACGACGAAGAAGUCGCGUGGUCAGAGUCCGACACUGAAAACAAAGAGAAAUCUGCUGCAUCCAAGACAGAAUCCCCCCGGAGCAAAGCGCAUGGCCAACAAUCCGCGACCACCGAGAGUGUCUCCACACCUCGACGCCGCCGCGGCAAACGGAAAGUGAUGAAAAAGCGCACGACCAAAGAUGAAGACGGCUACCUGGUCACGAAAGAAGAAGCCGUCUGGGAGAGUUACAGCGAAGACGAACCGGAGCCGGCACCCACACAGCGGAAGAAGGAAAUGCCUCGAAGCAGCUUUGGUGGAGGUACAGGCAAGACGCAAAGUCAGGUGGGGAAGUCAGGAGCCGCGAAGAGGGGGGGCAGUAUCAUGAGUUUUUUUGGAAAGAAGAAUUAG